AUGUCUUCAGGCGACAAGAACAGCAACCGGGGUGACAGCGGUCACUCGUCGUCCAACGGCCCGGAGCGUCUGCCUGGACCACGAUAUGAGGGCAGCAUCUUUGGCCACAGUUCGGUUCACUGGGAAAAGGUUUACGGCAACCCCAAACCGGAAGCCAGCUCUGGAGACAAGUCUGGAGAAAGCGGCGACGGCAGCGGAAGCAAGGACAGCAACCGGGGUACCAGCGGUCACUCCUCGUCCAACAGCGCGGAGCGUCUACCUGGACCACAAUAUGAGGGCAGCAUUUUUGGCCACAGUUCGGUUCACUGGGAAAAGGUUUACGGCAACCCCAAACCGGGAGCCAGCUCUGGAGACAAGUCUGGAGGAAGCGGCGACGGCAGCGGAAGCAAGAACAGCACCGACGAGAAGAAGACUUCUUCCUGA